UCAGCCACUGCCCAGGCCUGGAGGGGACGGGGGGCGGUGAGCAGCUGCCAGAGCUCAGAUUCAGGGUCAUGGCUUCUGACAGGGUCCCGAGGAGAGUCGGGGUGGUGGGCUACGGCCGCCUUGGACAGUCCCUUGUUUCUCACCUGCUGACUCAGGGACCAGAACUGGGCCUCGAACUUGUUUUUGUCUGGAAUCGCGACCCGGGACGAAUGGCAGGGAGCGUGCCUCCUUCCCUGCAGCUCCAGAACCUCGCUGCCCUCGGGGAGAGGCACCCCGACCUUGUAGUGGAAGUGGCCCAUCCCCAAAUAAUCCAGGAAUCUGGGGCACAAAUCCUGCGUCACGCCAAUCUCCUGGUGGGGUCCCCCUCAGCCCUGGCUGAUCAGGCCACAGAGCAGCGGCUGCUGGAGGCCUCGCACCGCUGGGACCAUGCUGUGUUUGUGGCCCGGGGGGCCCUGUGGGGCACUGAGGACAUCACCAGAUUGGACGCAGCUGGGGGCCUCCAGAGUCUUCGUGUCACCAUGGCCACGCACCCCGAUGGUUUCCGGCUUGAGGGACCGCUGGCUGCAGUGCGCAGCACUGAGCAUCGCACGGUGCUCUAUGAAGGUCCCGUCCGCGGGCUCUGCCCCUUCGCCCCCCGCAACUCCAAUACCAUGGCGGCCGCUGCCCUGGCUGCCCCCAGCCUGGGCUUUGACCGCGUGGUUGGCGUGCUUGUGGCUGACCUCAGCCUCGCAGACAUGCACGUGGUGGACGUGGAGCUGACUGGCCCCCCGGGCCCCACAGGACGAAGCUUCGCCGUGCACACCCACAGGGAGAACCCCGCAGAGCCAGGCGCGGUCACGGGCUCUGCCACCGUUACCGCGUUCUGGCGCAGCCUCCUGGGCUGCUGCCAGCUCCCCUCCAGGCCGGGGAUCCAUCUCUGCUGAGAAGCCGCCUCCUUCCCUAGUGGACAUCUUCGUCUCAUUUACG